UCGAAGUUCAAGCACGGCCCAUAAUGGAGCCUUAUGCUCCAGUUCUUCUGUCUGUAUCAAACCACUUCGCUUCUGCCCGAGAUAUUGGUUUACGCCUAAGAGCGUGAAAAAGCGACACGAGAAUAUGCAGGCUUUUCGACAAUUUCUCGCCGCCGGCCACUGCUCUCCAGUUCUCCGGAUCGGAGUCCGGGUCCUAUCGACGUCCGAUUCUGCUUCUUUAAAAAAGAACGUCGCCUCUAUUCUGGAUUCCCUCUCUCUUAAGCCAGGUGCCACACUGGUGCAGAACUGUGGGGAUAGUGAAAUUGGGAAGGUUGUUAUUCAAUUGGCGAAGGAGCGUAAGCUUCAAACCCUCAGCAUAAUUGAUGAUAAACCUGGAAGCGCUGAUACUAUCGAAGAGCUUAAAGCACUUGGUGCCGAUAUUGUUGUACCUGAAAGCUACACAAAGACAUGGUACAUGAAACGUUUAGCAGGUGAGAUGAGCCCUUCUGCAGGUUUGAAUUUCAGUGACGGCUACCAAGCGACUGCUGUAUGCAAAGCUGUGACAAGUGGGGGAACAUUUCUCACAUAUGGAAAGGAAUUACCCAAGUAUGUUGCCUAUGAAGGAUCAGCCCGUAAACCAGUUGAAUGGAGCACAUUUAUCAAGGAAAAGAAGAUGAAAGUGUUGAAGAUGUAGGAAAUGCUGUGAUAAUGAACAAUAACAUUGGUGUUUCAGCUACUUUGGUUCUGAUGGGUAAGGAGUUUCUCUCAUUGUUGAGUUGUUAGUGAGGAACCCGACUGUCCUCGUGUAUUGCUUGGAGAGGUUGCUCUUUCCCCUGUUAAAUUCGUAGGAAAAAUGCUAAGAUAUGCUUGCUUUGUGAUGCAAGCAAGGAUACUUUACAAAUUGUUUUGGCAUUCUGAUUUGAAUUAGAAAUAAUCUGUCUAAAGCAUUUGAAUGUUGAAAUGACAGUGCCUUUGUUUCCAGAUUCCA